UGUUUGCUCUGUUUGCUCUGUUUGCUCUGUUUGCUCUGUUUGCUCUGUUUGCUCUGUUUGCUCUGUUUGCCCUCUUUGCCCUCUUUGCCCUCUUUGCCCUCUUUGCUCUCUUUGCUCCACAUACAAUGACGAGGAAAUAUUUCCAUCCUCAGCAUUUCCACCACCGAUCUGAUAGACUCAGCACAACUAUACUACCACGGAUUACUCGACACCCUCAUACACCAUGGCACCCAAACGAGACAGAGAAGAUGACCCCCAAGUCCCACACGUCAAAAAGACCCGUGCCGGCUUCAAAGUCGGCCCUGACAACCUCCCCGACGGCACAUGGCGGCGUAAAGUCAUCAAAAUAAAAAAAGACCUCAUCCACAACGCCAAAGUCAAAAAAUCCUACGCAAAAAUCAAGGCCCGCACCUCCCCGCCACCCACCCCCGCAGCCCCAGACGCAUCUACAAUCGUCAUCCAAGCCCCCUCUGAACCCGUCGCCCCUACCCCCGUGGAACCAAAGCAAGAGCGCGAAGGCGAAGGCGACCGCGAACUCCACCCCUCCCGGCAAGCCAUGCUCGACGCCCCCGACGCCCCCCCCGCGGCCUCCGUACCGCGGUUCUCGGGUCCGAAAACCGCGCGCGCGAAGAAGCCGGGGUAUUUUGAUAAGGCGAAGGCGGAGGCGGAUGUUAAGAGGAAGGAGGCGGAGGAGCGGAGGGCGGAGUUUGAGAGGAGGGAUAAAGAGAGGAAAGGUAAGGUGGAGGAGAGGGAGAGGCAUAGGAGGGCGAUGGCGAAGGCGAGGACGGGGGGGAGGAACGGGCAGAGGAAGUUGGGGAGGGAGAGUGUGGUGCUUUUGGAUAAGGUUCGGAGGAUGGUUGGGUGA